AUGGUAGCAGGUCUAGAUUCUAACCCAGAGAUUCUUCUGCGCAAGCGCAGAAACGCUGACAGAACACGUUUGGAGAAGCAGGAGCUCGCCCAGCGUCGCAAGGAGCAGCAGCAAAAACAGAAACGCGCGCGUAAAAACAAGUUCGAAAGAGCCGAGUCCAUCGUGGCCACUUCCCUGGCCACCCAGCGUGAAAAGGAGCGCAUCAAGAGGGUCUCCAAGCUGGAGGCUCAACGACACAAGGGCGAAACGCAGCAUUUGGCCUCGGACCGCGACUUUAUUCUCAAAGUGCGCGAGCUAACCAGCGAAGAAGCUGCCGCCGCCGCUGCUGCUGCUGACGACGCCAACGAUGAGGACGAAAACUCGUCUCUGCACACCGAAAAAUGCAUAUACGAUGGUAAGCCCACGCUGUUGUUCGUGUUGCGUAUCCGUGGCCCCACCGCAGCCAAGAUCCCGCAAAAGGCACACAAAGUGUUGUCGCUGCUUAGACUUUCGGAGGUCAACACCGGUGUUUUCGUGCGUCUGUCGCCCCAGGUUUACCCGCUACUGAAGCUUGUGGCGCCCUACGUCGUGGUGGGCGAGCCAUCGCUGGCGUCCGUGCGUUCCCUGAUCCACAAGAGAAGUCGCGUGCUGCUGGCGCCCUCUGAUGGAGAAGAGCCUCGCGAAACCAUCCUGAACGAUAAUAACGUGGUCGAGGAAAAACUCGGGUCCGAAGGCAUUAUCUGUGUCGAGGAUAUCAUUCACGAGAUCGCGACUUUGGGCGACAGCUUCGCCAAAUGUAACUUCUUCCUUCUUCCCUUCCGCCUAAAUCGUGAAGUGUCUGGAUUUAGCGCUAUCAGCAAGCUGCACAAGAUCAGACAAAGAGAAUGGCAAAAACGAGCCCUAAAAGUGUCCAAUGCCUCCACAGCACCAGUCGUCCAAGUCGACGUCGAUAGCCUGAUCGCCAAGCUUAACUAG